AAUAGACAAAAAUGUACACACAUGGAAAAUUUCAAGACUAGAGGAUGAAACUUAUACAAGAAGUAAAAUAUGAAAAAAGUAAUGUUACAUUUCGGACAUUGCUUGGUAUUCUAUGUUAUUGUUCCGAUAAACAGAAUUAGUAGACUAAUUGGGAGUACACAGUACUAAAAACGACAAAGACACACUGCAUACAAUUCAAAGGAGAGCGAAGAUUAAACCAGAAGUACAACCGAGCAAUUACAAGAAAUCGAAAGUGCUAAAAAUCACAUACGUACCAUAAAUGUGCACCAUUGCGCAAUUGAACGCCAAUAGACCACCAUUACAUGCUAUUAACUCGGUAACGCACUCUUGAAAGGAAAAGUGGAAUCUGCUACACAGAUCUUAAUAAUACAUCAUAAAUGUACUAUGAACAACUUUGUAUCUGCAAUCGAUACUGCCAAGAAAAGUGAAAUAGACAAUAGAAAUAAGAACACAGUUAUAAGUAUUAAUUGUUUUAUGAACAGCAAAGACACGUUUGCAGAAAAAGAAUUCGGAUGCGUAACCUUUGCAAAGGUUAGUCAUGAAAUCAUUCUGAUAGAGUCAUAAUCAGAAGAAAAAAACUUUUACCCGUGUAAUUUCCGAGAUCCGUGACCGAGAAAUGAAGCUGUAGCAUGAAAGUGAAUCAAAUGUUGGUUAUUUGAAAUGAAAUAAACAAAUCAAGGAAGCGACUGUUUGUAUUACAAAGAUCACAGAAAGGUCAGACAAAUGAAUUGUUUUGGUAAUAAUCGUGUCUCUCAACAUGGCGCGUCGAAAAAGUGUGUGUGCAAAGUGGACUUUAGUUGUAUUUGUAGUUAUAUUUUGUCAGUUCGUACAUUCGCGACCUCAAGACUCAAGUGUACCAGUCAUCAGUUCUACAACAAAUAGCGUACAAACAGACAAAGCAACAGAAAGUUCCAUAAGGGAUCCAGAGCCACAGAAAGUAGAAGAAAACAAAAAGCCUGAUUUGACAACAGCGUCACCAACUACACCAAAUGCUCCAAGAAACAACAAGAACAAGACCCCGGUUCUUGGAGAGUCCAUCAAAAUGGUUGCCAACCAACUCCUUGAAAACCCUUCAAACACAACAGUCGAAACUCCCGUAGUAAUUGAUACCAGAAUUCCUCCAAAACUAAAGAAUCAGAUUGUCCACAAACACAAAAUUAAAACAAGAAAUGAAGAUGGUGAAGAACCAGUAGAUAAUUCUCAUCCUGGUGAAGCUGUUCCUGUCACCAUGGAGGAAUUAGAACAAGAAAAUAAAGUGAGUGAGUCAUCCACGUCAAACGAAGGUAUCUCAACUUGGAUUCUUCUCAGCAACACUGCUAGCAAAGACAAUGUUUCAUCGACUGAACCAACUAAAACUGGAGAAACACAGAAGAAACAAAAGCCUAAUACAUCUAAGAACAAAACUAAGAGACCACCAAACCACAAGGUAUCUUUAGGAAAACGUCCUAUUAUUGGGAGUACCAACAAAUCAGAUUUAGUAGCGGGUGGAUCAGCAAUUAAUGAAAAUGUUUAUAAUAAAAUCAAAGAUACAGUUUUGUCUAAUGUACAGAAGAAUAAAAACCAAUCUCAGAAAACUACUACAGUAUCCACAAGUACAAUCAUCACUACAACAGCCAGUCCCACCACCGAAGUUUUGACGACCAAGAAAGAGACAGUUACUAAGGUAUCUGUAGUACCAGUAGUUAAGGUUACUGGGAAACCUACUAAGAAAAAAAACAAAAAUAAGCACAAGACUUCAACCACUUUAGCUCCUACUAUUAGUGACUCAGCUCUACUACCAAUGGAACCAAAAGAACAGGAAAUUGAAUUAGAAAUAAGUACUCCGGCAACGACGACUAAGAAACCUAAACGCACUUCUACUAGGAAGAAGACUAAAACCAAGAAACGGAAGACUUCUAAACCUAAACCUGAAGCUACAACUGUCAGUGAAGUUAAAACUGCUAACAAAACGAAAUCAACUAAAACAAAGAAACCAAGUAUAACAAGCUUGACAAGUCCAAUUACAUCCCAGAUAUACAAUUAUUUAUCCAGAGAAGUUAUGCCUUCCGUUGGCGUUGGUGUACUUGGCCUUGCUAGUUUAGUAGGUUUGGCUGGUUACUUCCUGUAUCCAUUCUCGACUCCUGUAAGAAGGACCUUCGAAGUUGACAAGAAAGAUGAUAUAUACAGACAUAAUGCUGAAGAAUAUGCUAGUGAAGGCAACGGCCAGGCUGAAGAAGAAAUGCUGGGGACGGUUCUAGCUGGCAUGCCAGCUCACUCAAAACAUAAGUUGAACCCUUAUGCAGGACAAACUGCACAUAUUAACAGGUAUCCAGUUAAGAAAGAGCAGGAUAUCAGAUAUCGCCAUGUGGCUGCGUCUGCUGGUUAUGAACCUAAUUACAACGUUCAUUAUCCUCAGCAGAAGACAGGUAUUGCUCAUGGAGCGGUAUAUGCUGAACCUUAUAAUCCUCAUCAGUAUGAAACCAGACACGUCUACACGACUGAAGGCAAAUAUGUCUACGAUAAAGGACCGAAUGGGUACACUCCCUCUGUCGCCGUAGAGCCUAUAUAUGCUGCUCCUCAAACCGGUCCUCAAACAGGGCCAUCAGCCUCCGCCUAUGGAAGCGAUACCUCUAACUCAGUAGUAUAUGGAGUUAAACCGUCAUCUGAUUCAGAUUUCAAGCCUGUCUAUCCUUUUGAAGGUCAAUUCUAUAGCCAAGAAACCACAAACAGCCCUAUGACGUAUCCUCCUACGUCGAUGUAUUUGGGUUCAAACAAUGAUUCAGAGGACCAAGAUGAACAAAAAUAUGAUGAUGAUAAUUUAGAACAAAAUGGAGCAGUUGAUAAUAAGUUUGUGGUUGGAAAUGUCCCAAAAGAAUUAAGUGAUACUGCCACCCCCGCUGUAGUUCCUGAGCAUGGCCCUAGAAACUUAAGGAGAAGGAGGAAUCUUCGCCGCAAACGCAGCAUCGUAAACAGAAUUGAAGAGGUAUUAAAAGCAGCUAACGAUAAGAAAGAAGACGUUUUUCUAAGCAACGAAAUAGAUGAAGCUCUUAUUAAUCCUGUGAAAAACCUGGCUGCUAUGGAUGAAUCACCAAUGAAAAUGGAGAUGACAACUAUUCCUGAAGUAAAAGAUGUAUUUACCGUUUAUGCAGUAUCUUCAGAUCCUGUUAUAGAACAGAAGAUAACAGAAUCUCCAACGACAGUGAAGAACACUGUUGUUGAAAGUGUUUCUACUGUACCUAUAGACAAUAGCAAACAAGAGAAAUCAACAACUGAAACUGAAUUGAUUAACGAAUUGGAAACUACAACAAAACCGUUUAGAGUAUAUGAAGUGUUUUCUUCAAACAGUCCAACUGAUGUUACAGAGCAGAACAGCCCUUUGGUGAACAAUGAAAACUCUAAAGUAGAAACCACAACUCAAUAUAAAAAUAUGAACACGGAAACAACAACAGAAUUGAAAUCUGAAACGACAUCGACUAUGCCGCCUUCUCCGUCCCCAAUACCAGAUUUUCCUACAUCACAAGCACCUACAACAAACAAUCCCGAAGUUCUGACAUAUCCUCCUUUGAACCAAGAUGGAGGUUUCUUUACAUUCCUAAAGCGUCUCAUAGAGUUUAAAUACAGAUUGGGAUUAAGCAUAUUACAGACUACAUCAGAAAACCUAAACAGAUACUUACGCAGUAUGGAAAAUAAAGUCCAGAAAGUAGCAAGGGCUUCAUCGUAGAAAUAAUUUAAGCAUUUAGUUAUAAGUUAUCAGAUACUCAAAUAUUGCAUUAUUUAUAUUCAAUUAAAAGUACAUAAGAUUCAUGAAAUACUGUUUACUUGCUACGUGAAUUGUCCAAAGAUAUAGCUGGAGCUUGAAAAACACUUCUUUCGGUAAAAUGACACAUGCUUUAUGGAACAGGGAUGUACCAUGUACUCGUACGUGGAUGAUGAUGAUAGUUUAGAUACUUAGUUAAAAAAAUAUGUAUCAUUAUUAUGUCUUACUUAUAACAAGAUUGGAAUAAUAAGGUAUAUUUUCAGAAUGUUAUCCUCGAUUAAUAACUACACUUUCUAUUGAAAGAGAUUGAGGGAAACCUACUGAUUGUAUAUUUACAUACAAAAAAGUUAAUAAUUCAAAUACAUAAUCAUUAAUCAAUCUACGCCAGAAUAACGACAAAAUGGGUUAAAAUCCUAUACUCUGGAUUUUUGGAAAAGAAAAUAUACAGAUUGACGGGGAAAUUAUUUAUGGUUCAAAAUCUGGUAUCAUACGUGUAAGGAAACUUUUAGUUUUGGACAUAAUCCGAAAAUCCGGAAGCAGGAUUAUAAACUGCAGCCACAAAAUGUAGCGCACAUAUCUUUUUUUUUCACUCAGAAUUUGUUUUGAUACCUAUGUAAUUCAACCACAUAGUAUUAUUAUAGCAUUUAAUUUA